GUAAGACGGAGUACGUGUCAUCCAUGUAGCCAUCAGUGUGGAGCAGUGUCUCUGAGCACGGCAUACGCCAGGCAGCGCGACACUUUCCAGCCCCCGCAGUGUGGGUACGUACCUGCGGGCAAGACAGAAGGCACUUCGGAGCCACCGCACACUGAGGAUGAAGCUACUGGCCGCGGUAUUGGUGGCGGCGGCUGUGAUGGGGGUGGCGCGCUGUGGCCUGCAGGUGGUGACGGAAGGAGGCAGAAUCCAAGGUGCAGCGGAUGUGACCGUCAAUGGUAGAACAUUUAACUCCUUCUAUAGCAUUCCGUACGCCAGGGCUCCCAUCGGUGGCUACAGGUUCAAGGAUCCUGUGAAGCCCAUUACUUGGCAGCGGCUGGCCGACGCUACCCGCAUGCCCCCGAAGUGCUUGCAGGUCCCCUUCUUUGACACCAUAAUAUAUAAACGCCUGAAGCCCGAAGAAGUAAAGGGGUCCGAAAACUGCCUCUUUCUGAACGUGUUUACCCCCGUGGUCAGCUCCACCCCUGAGAAGGCGAAGCUUCCGGUGAUGGUAUGGCUGCAUGGAGGCGCAUUUUAUUCUGGCGCAGCUGAUGAAUACCUUCCACACGCUCUACUUGACCAGGACGUAGUGUUGGUAGUGGUACAGUACCGACUGGGUGUCCUAGGUUUUUUGUCGACCGAAGACUCUGUAAUGCCUGGGAACCUUGGUCUGAAGGAUCAGACGAUGGCGCUUCAGUGGGUGCAGCGCAACAUCCACCUCUUUGGCGGCGACAAGAAGCGAGUCACCAUUUUCGGAGAGAGUGCCGGCGGGGCAUCCGUCCACUACCACAUGUUAUCGCCAAAGUCUAGAGGACUCUUCUCCCAGGUUAUAAUGCAAUCCGGCAAUGCGCUUCAGUCUUGGGCCCUGAACAACAGGCACCGGGAAGAAGCGGAGAGACUCGGCCGCAACAUGGGAUGUGAGGAUGUGCAGAACAGCACCGCCCUGCUCGCUUGCUUACAGAAGAUUGACGCCAAAGAACUGACAGCGGCAAUACAGGACACUUUUCAAUGGUUCGUUAUACCGAUCAUCUUCUCUCCGAGGGUGGACGGCGAUUACCUGCCAGACUUUCCCGCUAACCUGAUCGCCAAAAAGCUGUACAGUGAAGUCGAUCUUGUAGCGGGAGUGACCAAGGAUGAAGGAGCGAUGGCGACCCGGGCAAUGUUUGUCAGAGAAGACCUCGUCACUCAAGUGGAGAAAAACUUUACCGUCACCGGGCCACUCACCAUAGGCAUCGAGAACGAAAAAGAUUCUGCCAGUAUGGCCAAGACACUCUAUGACUACUACAUGAGUGAUAUCAACUUCGACGCCCACAGCUCGCAGUUCACACAGUUGUACAGCGAUAUGACAUUCAACUUUUACCACGACGAAAUCACAGCACGCCACGCAGCGCACUUCCCUGGGCGGCGCACCUUCCGCUACGAGUUCCAGCACACAGGGGAGGUCAGCCUGUCCGACGCUUACGGCACUGAGAAGGGAAAUCAUUGGGUUGGUCACGGCGACGAACUGUUUUACUUGUUCGCUGGAGGUACAUUGUUUGAGGCGUUCCUCAAGGAAGGCCUCACUCAGCCUGAUGACCUUCACGUGAGGGACAUGAUGGUAAAGAUGUGGACAAACUUCGCCACCUCAGGCAAUCCAACCCCUGACGCCUCCCUGGGCUUCAAGUGGGAGCCCAGCACAGCAGACAACCUGCACUAUCUUGCCAUCACCACCUCGCCCUCCAUGCAGCCCGACAGCCGGAAAGAGACACGGGACUUCUUCGCCUCCCUGCCGAUAUCGAAUUUGAGGAUGUUGUACGCAGAGCAGCAACAGCAACAACCAAAACAACAAGAACAACAACAACGGACCAAGACAGCACGCGUGCAGAACGAGCUUUGACAAAGCACACUGGACCAGCACACCACACGCCUUCAUCUCCUCUUCAGUACUCAAGAAAAGCUGUUUUGUACCACCGGGUCCACAGACUCCAAGAUAAUGCCUCCACAGUGCUUGGAGCGACACGGCAGAACGACAGGUAGAGCUGAACAGUCAUGCCUGCUUCUCGCCCAAGCUGGUCAUUCCGCAAUCACUUGCCCACAGAACAAGUUACAAAAGUCCAGAGCUCCCAGUGGAUGUCAGGAAUAACUCUAAUUUUAAGUAAACCUUUGAGUGCAGUACACUCAGUUAUUAUUGUACGGAAAUCUACGUAAUUGUGAUAAUACAAUGUCAUAUAUGUAUAUUAGAAAUGUUGAAUAAUAAAAUGAAUGCGUAAAUGAA